AUGUCCGAAUUGACAGCCAACAAACCUUACGACGAUUUGACCAAGGAGGAGCAAGCUGCUCAUGAUGCAAAGGAGAGAGAAAGGGAAAAGGAAGAACAGGCUGCAUUACCAUACCAAUGGACCCAGGAUUUAUCGACUGUAACUGUUACAGUACCGUUACCUCAGGGAACGAAGGGAAAGGAUGUGAUUGUGGUGAUGGGGAAGAAGAAGCUGAAGGUCCAGUUGAAGACAUCUAAUGAACCUAUACUGGAAGGAGAGUUGUUCAACGAUAUCAUAUCGGAUGAAUCGUCGUGGACUAUAGAUGAUGGUACACUGAAUAUCGAACUGGAGAAAUUAUCAGCUCAUAUCCAAUCCCAUCAAUGGUGGCCUCACGCCCUAACCCAUCAUCCCAAAAUCGACACCACCAAAAUCGUACCUGAAAAUUCCAAAUUGGAAGACCUGGAUAGCGAGACAAGGGGUAUGGUGGAGAAAAUGAUGUUUGAUAAUAGGCAGAAAGCAAUGGGUAAACCUACUUCGGAUGAAUUGAAGAAGUUGGAAAUGUUGGAAAAAUUUAAGAAAGCUCAUCCAGAGAUGGAUUUCAGUAAUGCUAAAAUCUCAUAG